GGCACUAGCCGUGCAACUUCGUUCACUUCAGACCGACAUCGAGGAGAAGGAGCGCCGCAUCGAGAACUUGAAGGAGGAGAUCAAGGCUGGCAACUUUGACCAACGGCUGUCUGAGAUGAACACGAAGUCGCGGAACAUGGAGUCCCACCGUGACGAGCUUACAGCGGAAAUCAGGACAUUGAGCCUCCAAGCGGACGCGCGCGCAAGGCUCGACUUGAAACGCACGGAGAUGAAGAGCAAGACUACUGAAGUGAAAAACACAGUCCAGAUGAGCAAUCCGAAGUUUCGCAAACUUGUUGAUCGAGACGCGCAACCUGACACAAUGGAAAGAGAUCUUGAACGUGUCGCUAUUGAGAAAGAGCGGGAGCAUGCCGACCUCGAGGCGGACUCCAAUAUUGCUACCAAGAACUUGCAAGUCGCAGAGGCUACCCUGUCUAGUCUCAAGUCUCAGCUCAAGACCAAGCAAGACGAAGCCAAAGCAAUGGACAGGAAAAUAUCAGCAGGCUUGACGUUCAAGAUCGACCAGGAGGAUUUCGCAUAUGACAACGUCGAAGGUGGUCUAUCGGAUUGUACCGAAGAGCUUUCGUUGGCCCAGGAGUGAGACGCCAUUGACUCUAACAGCAGUGAUCGUUGGCUCACGGACACGUUCACUAGAGAGCUCGGCAAAGCAAGUGGAGCCGACCGGAUGUACCGAUCAUUGCUCAAUGAUGGUAAAAC